AUGGAGGAGGAUGCGGAAGAGUCCCAGUGGGACCAGCUCAAUCGCACAGAGUGGCGAGGAUUGGGACUUACCGAUCCAAUAAAGAGCAUCGAGGACAAAUGGCUACUCUUGCCUGCUUUUCUCAAGGUGAAAGGCUUGGUCAAGCAGCAUAUUGACUCGUUCAACUAUUUCGUCGACGUCGACAUCAAGAACAUUCUAAAGGCAAACAACAAGGUCACCUCUGAUGUCGACCCUCGCUUUUGGCUAAAAUACACGGAUAUUCGCGUUGGGUUUCCCGACCGUACGGACGCGGACGCGAUAGACAAGAGUGUUACCCCGAACGAAUGCCGUCUCCGCGACACUACAUAUAGCGCACCCAUCGUCGUCACAAUCCAAUACACUCGCGGAAAAAACGUCGUUCGCAGGCCCAAUGUCAACAUCGGCAGACUACCCAUCAUGUUGCGAAGCAACAAGUGCGUUCUCACCGGCCGCUCGGAAGCGCAGCUUGCUCGUAUGAUUGAGUGCCCACUGGACCCUGGAGGAUACUUCGUGGUCAAGGGGACGGAAAAGGUCAUUUUGGUCCAGGAGCAGUUGAGCAAGAAUCGUAUCAUCGUCGAGACGGACCCUGUGAAAGGUGUCGUCCAGGCUUCUUGUACUUCGUCCACACAUGGAGGUCUCAAGUCAAAAACCUACGUCGCAACUAAGAAGGGAAAGAUCUAUCUCCGGCACAACUCAAUUCACGAAGACGUUCCCAUCGUCAUUGCCCUCAAAGCCCUCGGCAUUCAAUCUGACAAGGAAAUCCUCCUUCUCACCGCCGGUAACUCGGAAGCGUACAAGGAUUCGUUCGCCCCAAACCUCGAGGACGCCGCCAGAUUGGGGAUCUUCACAAGACACCAGGCCUUGGAAUGGAUAGGAAGUCGAGUCAAGAUCAAUCGACGGAUCGUUGGUGUGCGAAGGCCAGCGUGGGAGGAGGCUCUUGAGGCACUGGCUACCAUCGUCUUGGCUCAUGUGCCCGUCGUUGGGAUGGACUUCCGUUCGAAGGCCAUCUUUGUGGCGACUAUGACUCGACGAGUCCUGAUGGCCGUGAAAGACGAGAAGAUGGUGGACGAUAGGGACUAUGUUGGAAACAAACGAUUGGAAUUGGCAGGACAGUUAUUGGCGUUGUUAUUUGAAGACCUCUUCAAGACAUUCAACACGAACCUCAAAUCCUCAAUCGACAAGGUGCUCAAGAAACCGUCGCGGACGACGGAGUUCGACGCCUUCAACACCAUGCAGUUCCAGGGCGAUCACAUCACUUCCGGUUUCGUUCGCGCCAUCUCGACGGGCAACUGGUCUUUGAAGCGUUUCCGCAUGGACCGUGCUGGGGUCACGCAUGUCCUCUCGCGUCUCAGCUUUAUUUCCGCCCUAGGCAUGAUGACUCGUAUAUCAUCUCAAUUCGAGAAGACACGGAAAGUCAGUGGACCCCGUGCUCUGCAGCCGAGUCAAUGGGGUAUGCUUUGCCCGAGUGAUACCCCGGAAGGAGAGGCUUGCGGUCUGGUCAAGAACUUGGCGCUCAUGACCCAUAUCACGACCGACGUCGACGAAGAGCCCAUUAUCAAGGUUGCGUACAUGCUCGGGGUCGAGAACAUCGGCCAGUCCACCGGGACGGAGAUCUAUGGUCCGAACACCUUUGUAGUCAACGUAAACGGGACAAUCAUAGGUCUUACCCGCUUUCCGACUCGAUUUGUCCACAACUUCCGUCGUCUUAGGCGCGCUGGGCGGGUCAGUGAGUUUGUGAGCGUUUAUAUCAAUCACCACCACCACACAGUGAAUAUCGCCAGCGAUGGCGGUCGAAUUUGUAGACCCAUGAUCAUCGUCGAUAACGGACGUCCCAUGGUCACUUCGGAACAUGUCUCGCUCUUGAAGAAGGCAAAACUUGAGUUUGAUGACUUCUUGCGGCAAGGUCUCGUUGAAUAUCUGGAUGUGAACGAGGAGAACGACUCGUACAUCGCUCUCUACGAACCGGAUAUCGUCCCGACGACCACACAUCUCGAGAUCGAACCCUUCACUCUUCUCGGUGCCGUCGCUGGUCUCAUCCCUUACCCACAUCACAAUCAAUCGCCUAGGAAUACCUACCAAUGUGCUAUGGGUAAACAAGCCAUCGGGGCAAUCGGCUACAAUCAGCUGAACCGAAUCGACACGUUACUCUAUCUAUCGGUCUACCCGCAGCAGCCCAUGGUGAAGACGAAGACGAUCGAGCUUGUUGGAUACGACAAGCUUCCUGCGGGACAGAAUGCCACCGUCGCCGUGAUGAGUUACUCUGGAUACGAUAUCGAAGAUGCGUUGAUUUUGAACAAGGCCAGCGUGGACAGAGGUUAUGGCCGGUGUCAAGUGCUUCGCAAGAACGCAACUCUCAUCCGAAAAUAUCCCAACGGAACAUUUGACCGGUUGGCAGAUGCGCCCACGGACGAAGAAGGCAAUGUACAGAAGAAAUACGAUAUCGUCCAACUGGACGGUCUCGCUGGCGUCGGCGAACGUGUCGACCCCGGAGAUGUCUAUGUCAACAAGCAGACACCUACGAACGCAAACGACAACACGUUCACAGGGCAGGCGGCCUCAGUACCGUACAAGAAUGCGCCCAUGACCUACAAGUCACCUGUCGCAGGCCAUGUUGACAAGAUCAUGAUCUCUGAUACGGAGAAUGACCAGACGCUCAUCAAAGUUCUGAUACGGCAGACGAGAAGGCCCGAACUCGGAGACAAGUUUUCAUCUAGGCAUGGUCAAAAGGGCGUUUGUGGGCUCAUAGUGAACCAAGAAGACAUGCCAUUCAAUGAUCAAGGCAUCGUUCCUGAUACCAUCAUGAACCCUCAUGGUUUCCCUUCACGCAUGACGGUAGGAAAAAUGAUUGAGCUCCUUGCAGGGAAGGCCGGCGUUCUUGCAGGCAAGCUUCAGUAUGGUACAGCCUUUGGCGGCUCGAAGGUGGAAGACAUGUCGCGUAUUCUGAUUGAGAACGGCUUCAGUUAUGCUGGGAAGGACAUGCUUACUAGUGGCAUCACUGGCGAACCCAUGGAGGCUUACGUCUAUUUCGGACCAAUAUAUUACCAGGUAAAGCAUAUGGUCAUGGACAAGAUGCAUGCUCGAGCCAGAGGUCCGCGCGCCACAUUAACACGCCAGCCCACCGAAGGUCGAUCUCGCGAAGGUGGCUUACGACUAGGCGAGAUGGAGCGAGAUUGCUUGAUAGGUUAUGGCGCGACGCAACUGCUCCUUGAACGACUCAUGAUCUCUUCCGACAAGUUCGAGGUCAAUGCGUGCCAAGAGUGUGGUUUGCUCGGCUACAAUGGCUGGUGCACGUACUGCAAGAGCUCUAAGAAAAUGGCCCAGCUCACGAUCCCUUAUGCCGCCAAGCUCCUCUUUCAGGAGCUCAUGGCCAUGAACGUUGUACCACGGCUGGUUCUAGAUGACGCGUGA